GUGUGACCAUUGGCUCUCAAAGAAAGAUCCAAAAGAUCCAAGAGUAUCUUUUCGCCCGGGUGGUCGCGGAGUGUCAAUCAACUUCAAGAACACAUCAGUCAAAUCGGCAACAGCCCAACGAACAGCCGAUGGCCAUGGCACCACACCUUACUUAUUGUUCACACAGGAAACUACGUAUUCAUUCAUAGCCACCACCAUCAUGAACAGCAUUCAGCUGCACUUCCUUCUAUUCCUGAUAGUGGUCAUCUUGAGUCAGGAUGGGGUAGCUGUCAAUGGAUUUGCCGUCACAAAGCAACCGUCGUCGUCAAGAUCUCAAUCAAGACCGUCAUCAUCAUCAUCGUUAUUUUCACAUGACAAGGAAUCGAUUCCAUUUUCGGAAGGCACUUCUCGACGAAGAGUGCUGACUUCCUGGAUUGCUACGACUGGAAUCAGUGGAAUCGUCAUGGCAACAGCAGCAGCAUCUCCGAGAUCAGCCAUGGCAGCACCACCGAUUGCCGUGAUUGCCGAAGAAUUGGGCUAUUUUCCCGUACAAAACAAGGCGGGCGAAAUGGUCUACGUACCCAAACGAGUACAGCGACAAUCCUCCGAACAAGCCAUUGCACUGGCCAAAAAGCUAAAGCAAGCAGGAGUUGUCAUGUAUGGAGCAUUCUGGUGCCCCCAUUGUGCUCGACAAAAGGAAUUGUUUGGUCGCGAAGCGUGGUCGUAUAUUGAUUAUGUGGAAUGCGCACCCAAGGGAUAUGGAGCGGCACCGCUCCUUUGCAAUAAACAGGAUAUUGACGGAUAUCCAACAUGGGUCUUUAAGGGUACCGGUAGCAAUGGCAGAAAAGAACGAAGUGUACUGGGAGGGGAACGACCCUUGGAGGACUUGGCACAGCAAAUCAACAUUGCCUUUCAACCCGACAAAGAAGAAAAUCUACCGCCAUCCUUGGGGUCCAGCGCUUGUAAAUAAUAAAAUAAUAAUAAUAAUGAAUGAGGUUGCUGACCAACAAAUGUGACAGGUAACAUGGAAUUGGAAAGUUUCAACGCAGCACCGCAAACAAAGGAAAGAA